UGCAAAGUCUGACCUUGCUUGCAACGCUAUGAACUCUGUGGUUCAUUUGAAGAGCUGCCUGGCAGCUGGCUUGCUGCAGAACAAAGUGGCCCUCGUCACCGGCGGGGGCACGGGCAUCGGGAAGGCCAUCGCGACCGAGCUCCUACAUCUGGGAUGUAAUGUGGUCAUUGCGUCCCGUAAACUGGAGAGAUUAAAAUCUGCUGCAGAUGAGUUGAAGGCCAAUUUACCUGCCACCAGCCAGGCUCAGGUCACUCCUAUACAAUGCAACAUCCGUAAAGAAGAAGAGGUGAAUAAUUUGGUUAAGUCUACUUUAGAUAUUUAUGGUAAGAUUGAUUUCUUAGUAAACAAUGGAGGAGGUCAGUUCAUGGCUCUUGCAGAAGACAUCAGUUCGAAGGGAUGGAAUGCUGUGAUCGAAACUAAUCUGAUGGGCACCUUCUACAUGUGCAAAGCAGUUUACAAAUCCUGGAUGAAGAAACAUGGAGGGUCUAUUGUCAACAUCAUUGUCCUUACUAAAAAUGGAUUUCCAGGAGCUGUUCACUCUGGAGCUGCAAGAGAAGGUGUUUACAACCUCACGAAAUCCUUAGCUAUCGAAUGGGCUAGCAGUGGAGUGAGGAUCAACUGUGUUGCCCCUGGAGUAAUAUAUUCCCAGACUGCUUUUGACAAUUAUGGCCAUUUGGGAGCUGACCUAUUUGGAGGGUACUUUGAAAAUAUCCCUGCUAAACGAAUUGGAAUUCCGGAGGAGAUUUCUCCCUUGGUGUGCUUCCUACUCUCACCAGCAGCUUCCUUUAUCACUGGACAGUUGGUGGAUGUGGAUGGAGGCCAGUCCCUGUACAGUCAUUCAUUUCAGAUACCAGAUCAUGACAACUGGCCUGCAGGACCAGGGGACCUUUCAGUAGUGAAAAGGAUGAAGGAAGACUUUAAGCAGAAAGCCAAGCUCUAAGUCAAGGAAGCAAAUAUGUCACCAUAUGAGAAUGCGUUGCAUUUCUAUACUUUUUAAGAGUUUAUAAUUUGUAUGAAGAAAUCACUCUCUGAUUUUUAAGUAUUAUUGAAUAUGCCCGGGAUAAAUAUGUUUCUGCAAUCAAGUCCCAACUAAUUCACUUGAGAUUGAAAACAAUUUGAUAGAAGUGCAAAUUUAUUUGACUUAGUGGUCAUACUAUUUGUUUAUAAGAAAUAUCUUUGUUUAUUUUUCUGCCACACAUGGCAAUGCUUAGGCUCUCUGAUCUGGAAUUACUCCUGCAAUAUGUAAGGGUCUCCAUAGGAUGCUGGGGAUGCAAGCCCAAGUCAGCCAUAUGCAAGAAAAAUGCCUUAUGCUCUGUGCUAUCGCUCUGGCCCCUAAGAAAGAUAUUUGAAAAGUAAAGUAAUUUAAAUUAGUCAUAGAGAUAACUUGACCUCAGAGGGUUUUUAAUAUUUAAUUGUAAAGGCAGCAAGAAAUCUACAUGCUCAUGCUUCAACCCUGAAUUAUGCAAUGAUCUUACAUUUUUAUGCCCAAUAUUCUUGGAUUAAAAAGCUUUUUAGUAAUUA